GCUGGGCAUAUCGUCUGUCUGGCUUCUUUGUUAGCCGGCCGCGGUCAUGGGUGCUUGUAGGCUCUGCUUCAUAGGCUUGGCCAGUCUCUUCGCGGUUUUCAGUUAUGUUUCGAGCCGAACAAUAUUCCUGGAGCUGAACUACCCGACGAAAGAAGAGCAAUCAUUCCUUAAAAAGUAUGGAUACCUCCCAGAGCCUCAGGACAAAAAAGACUUGGACUUCGCAUACUCGCUGCACUCCAUCUCGGAGGCUGUGCGCAAGAUGCAGGCGUUUGCUGGCCUGCCCCAGACUGGAGUACUCGACCCUGACACUAGGAAGCUUUUCAAGAAAAAGCGCUGUGGAGUAAAGGAUAUCCAAAAUAAGUCGACAAGAAACCGAAGAUACAUUUUGCAAGAGGGAUGGGGCCGAAAAACCAUCUCUUACAGAGUCCUAAACGGCUCCAGCACUCUGCCGAAACAUAGGGUGGAAUCUCUGAUGGAGACGGCGUUGGCGAUCUGGGCACCACACGGCGGGCUGCACUUCACCCGCCUGGACAGCGGCAAUGCUGACAUACAGGUCUCCUUCGCCAGGGAAAACCAUGGAGACGGGUUUCCUUUUGACGGGCCAGGUCACGUGGUGGCUCACGCGUUCCAGCCUCCACACGGCGCCAUGCACUUCGACGAUGACGAGCUCUGGGGCGAGAACCUGGACGAUGACGAAGAAGACGUCACAGACUUCUUUGCGGUCGCGGUCCAUGAGAUCGGCCACGCGUUAGGACUGUCGCACUCGGACGUGAAAGCGUCCGUCAUGUACCCAUACUACCAGGUGCCGGUGGAGAAGCUGCACCUGGACGAUAUCUUGGGCAUGCAGGAACUGUAUCAAAAAGACGAGUUAUCCGAAGAAGUCCCAGAAAGUACAGAGAGCCCCGUGGGUUACUCGUCGCUCGUGCCACGGUUCACUAAGGCGGAUAGGCCUGAAAGUGAGGAAGAGAACGAGAUUCCAGACCUGUGCUACACAAACUACAACACCAUUCAAGCCAUACAGGGGAAGAUAUUUGUAUUCGAAGAGGAGUGGAUGUGGGUGAUUCGCGACAGAGUGAUCGAGGACGGGUACCCGAGAAGAUUCCAUGAAGUGUUCGUUGGGCUGCCAAAACACGUAACUUCUAUUAAAGCUAUCUACGAAAGACAAAACGGAAACAUUGUCGUGUUUUUUGAAAGAAAAUACUGGGAAUUCAGCCGAUCCUUCCGCCUCAUAAAAGUGGGCCGACUGACAGACUACUCGAUCCCACAAUACGUACCGGAGCUCACCACUGUGUUCCUCUCCAACUACAACAACAAGACCUAUCUGAUCGAGUACGAGCGCUUCUGGAGAUACGAUGAAGCGACGCGCACGAUGGACAAGGGAUACCCGAAAGAGAUGUCGGCGUGGAGGAAGGUGCCAUAUCCUGUGGAUGCUGCUCUUAUUUGGAAAGGAGAAACGUUCUUCUUCCGCGGGCCUCGCUUCUGGCGCUUCGACAACGAGCUGGUAGAGGCACACCGCUACUACCCGAUGCCGACGGCGCCGCUGUGGCUGCCGUGCGCGCCCGCUCCCGGCAUCGAGCAGUAUUUUAGCAACGAGGAGCCUUAACCACGCGCGGGAAAUGAGAGCUGUCGUAUUUGCGCUCACUAGAUAGAUACAAUUAUAGAUAAAACUGCCAAAUAAGUUAGAAACGGUAUUAGGUUGCUACUUGUACGCUUGCUGCCGCUGGGGCCCUCAUCCAGCAGUACUUCGCCAACGAGGAGCCCUAACUACGCACGUAGUGAAAUGAGGGCUACUACAUUUAAUUUUGCGCUCACUAGAUAGAUACAUACACUUUGCAUACAACUGCCAAAUAAAAGUUAGAAACGACAUUUAGUUAGUUACACUGCUCAGUAGUUGGCACGCGCUUGGGCUUAAACGUUAGCCCUUCUUGUAGUUAAUUUUGAACUCUGCCAACGAGCCAAUUUUUUUAGCCAAUGCUUGAAUCAGAUACCAAUACGUAUUCACCAUAAUAUAGUUUAUCAAGUAACGCUCCGCAGGGCAAAGCAGUAGAUUGAUCGCGUCGAGGACCUCGAGAAAACGGGACAAAUGUAGCUAGUUUCAAAAGAUGCUGUACCUAUCUUAAUUCUUUCUAAAUAAAACAAACGUGUCAAAUUCAUUAAAAAUA